UCUUACUGAUCUCUUCUCUAAUCUAUGUAAUUGUGUAAAAAUUUCUGUGUGCUGAAGAAUAAUCUGGUAUAUAUGCUCACAAAUGUUGUUGAAUAUAUAAUUUAUGCAAACAUAUUGGAUAAAGCUAUCUAUAAACAUUCUGGUAGGUGUCAACAGAGUAAAUGUCAUUCCGCAGCGUAGUCCGUGAUGUAAGGGAUGGCUUUGGGAGCUUAUCAAGACGGAGUUUUGAGGUGAGGCUGCCUGGGCAUAUCAGGGGGAAAUCUCAUGGUGCCGUCCAUGGGUUGCAUGACCAGCCUUUUGUCAUCCAGAAUAGCUGUUGGGCUAGCCUCCCACCAGAACUUCUUCGUGAUGUGAUUAAGAGGCUGGAGGCAAGUGAGAAUACAUGGCCUGCUCGCAAGCACGUUGUUGCAUGUGCUGCUGUGUGCAGGUCAUGGAGAAAAAUGUGCAAAGAAAUUGUCCAAAGCCUUGAAUUUUCAGGGAAGAUUACCUUUCCAGUCUCCCUGAAGCAGCCAGGACAUCGAGAUGGAACCAUUCAGUGCUUCAUUAAGAGAGACAAAGCUAAUCUAAUUUACCACCUUUUCCUUUGCCUUAGCCCUGGUAAGAUCAGGUUUUUAACCAUUUACGUGCUACUAGCUUGUGACCUUUCAUUUGUCUCUUGUGACCUGUCCUGUGGAGAUAAAUAGUCAUCUUAAAUUGCAUGUAAUAUGCUUCCCUGGGAUUUUUCUUUAUUUAGGGGUUGUUUGGGAGUUGGCUUUUUUGACUUCUUGCAAAAAGACGUGCUAAAAAGUGGAGAAGAUGGGUUGACUUUUUGUAGUG